CCUUCCCUCUCCCCCUCCCCCUCCCCAUCAUGUGUGAAGUCGGAAUUAACACUACGGCGGCGCUCGUGGGUUGAGACGACGAGCCAACGGGAAGACGAAGGGAAGCCAAUCAACCCAAAUUUGAAGUGGGGAUGUUUACCGGUCCGAGUCUUGGCCGCGAGGGGGAAUUGUGACAAAAAAUGGCCCACUUGCAGAUACCGGCUGGGCUGCAUCCCUGCACUGCACCGGUGAGGCUCAGUUCUGCAUCUUCGAGACCUGUGCCCGGAGUCGAGUGGCAUCGAGGCAACGCCAGAGACCAAGUGCGGCAUGUGCCGGGGAACAUCACGCCGGCGUGGUCUGGAACCAAUGAGAAAACUUCUCGGUACGGGACGUUGCGUAACAGCAAACACAAAGCCUAUUUUCAGCCUCCGGACUUGAGCCUCAUAUUCCGCGCGCCUUGCGUUUUCUCAACGUCACCUUUGUUUUUCUCCCUUUGGCGACUGCGGCCACGCACUGUCCGAGGCCCCCAAUCCCGGGCUUUUCCACAACGACGGAUUCAGGGAGAGAACGCCGCUCGUGUGGCCGAUUCUCAACACACGGCUAUCGGCACCGUCUUAUACCUUUCAUUGAACAGGACUAGCGUAUGCGCAAUCUGCAUCUCCUUGUUUGUCGGCGGGGCUCGGCCGGCCUAUCGAAACGGCGUGCCCAGUAUCCCGCGUUCUAGAUGGGCCGUCGAAAGGGUAUCUCUCCCGCCUUCUCGGGAACUCGUCAUCUUUUCUGGAAACGCUGGGGGGCUAGCCAGAGCCGGUCAGUGCCUUAGGGCUCUUUGCGUUGUGAUUCGCUCCGUAGAUUGUGGCUUGCGCCUUUCGUGAAAGUACGCCUCUGGCCGCAUGCGUCUCCAACAGAGGCGACUUGUCAUUGUCUAACAAUCCCAACCGAGCGGAAUGAAGGUGUCUUUGGUUCCAGCCCGGAUACCUAACCGGCCCGGGUAUCAAGGUGGUUCUCUUCGGUGGCAUGCCUUAAGUAGUUGCUCAUAGCGCCGAUUGUUUCAUACGGGGACUCCAUCUCCAUCAGAGACGCACAUCUCCGUGGCUUGCGUCUUCCAUCAAACGCCAGCCGUCAUGAAUCUAC